UGUGGGCGAAACUCCACUCGUGACAUUCGAAGAGACUUUGAGAAGUAACGAGAAGCCUCAAACCAAAAAUGAAGUUUACCGUCAAAUCGAUGGAUGGAAACUCCAAGGACUUUGAACUGCCUGGAGAGACAACCGUCCAGAGCUUGAAAAAGAAAGUAGAAGAGACCAUGGGCAUUCCUGUUGCUUCACAGAGAAUGCUUAUACUUGGAAAAGUCAUGGCGGAUGAUCAACCAAUCAGUAGUUACGAUAUUGAUGGCAAAGUUGUCCGUGUUGUGAAAAGCUCUCCAGGAGUAACAAAAGCUGCUCCGCCCCCUUCAGCUCCUGCUGGUAUGCGUCCAGAUAAAGUUAGCUACGAGUAUUUAUAUAUCGGAGCCACGCCCGAGAAUAUCCCACCUCCACCUGAAACCUUGUAUCUACAGGAUUUUGCUAAAGAUUCUGCUGACAAUAUUCUCAGCACCAUUACCAAUGGCGGUCAUCCUGAUGCAUUAGUCACAGUCACAAUUCACACUCUGACUCCAGAAGGCCGUACGCUACACAGUUCCACUCACACUAGCACGUCACAUAAGCCAGGGAUAGAGUGUAUGAUUGACCCACCUACUCCUGAGGUGUCCGAGGAAGAAUUCCGCCGUAGGAAAGAGAGGGAGGAGGAAAGGAAGAAGAGAAGAGCUAGAUUGGAUCGGUAUCGUGAGAGGGUUAGAGAACAACAGAGAACUGGAAGAGAACAAACUAAUAUUCUAGAAAUAUACCAGCACAUGACGUCAGUACGUAGAGCUAUACAAGGAGCUGAAAAUAUACUAGAAGAAUAUUUGAACUCAAAGGAAUGCAAGGAAGCCAGAGAACUUCUAGAGCAUCACAUGAAGCUAAAAGCCGAAGCUGAUGCUAGAGAAGCAAGGGAAGCAAGAGAGAAAGAAUUGAUGAAUGGGACAGCAGGUGCAGAAAAGGAGGGAGGAGAAGAGGGAGGGGAUAAAGAAGGAGCUAGUGGUAGUGAUGAUAAAGGAGGAGCAGCUGCCAAGAAGAAGGAGGGUCCAGUAUAUGCUAUGGGAGAGGACGGUCGACCACGGCAGCACAUUCUGACUGAUACUGGAAUGCUAUUACCAGCUGGUGCCCACCUGUAUGCAGCCCUUCUUGAUGAUAUAGUGGCCCUACAGAAGAGAGGGAUUGAGUUACACGAGUUCUAUGCUAAAAAGAUCUACGCCGAAGAACAUUAUGAGUAUGAAGAUUAUAAGAACAACAGUAAGCUAGUGACUGCAGUUCAGCGCUAUCACAAUGCAAUGGGACAAGCCUAUGCCUCCAUCAAGAAAGUCCAAGUGACGCUGGAAGGAGAACCUCCUCGUAUUGUUCACUUGAUACCUUCGGCUCGUCCGACUAACCCCCUCCUAUCACUUCUUAGUGCUCCACUUGAUGAUAGUGAUGAAGAGACUACAGGACCUGGUGCAGGUGGUGGAAAUGAAGGCGGGGGAGGAGGAGGAGGAGGAGGAUCUAUUGCUGGACUAUUAGGAUCACUAAUGGCUACUAGAGCGGCCAUGAGGAUGAUGGAAGAUGAGGAACAGAACCAAAACCAGCGAGAGAAUCAAGAGAGACCGGCGGUAACCAGCGGAGGAGAAGGAGGAGGAGCCACUGGGGGUGGGGCAGGAGAGGGAGGGGCCGAAAAGAAGGAGGACGAUAGUGAUGACGACGACGAUGAUAUUAAUCCUUUCCUCCCUGGGCCUGUUCAUCUCUUGCAGCAAAUGAUGAAACAGAAACAAGAGAGAGAGAGACAGCAGCAACAAGAAAGGACCGUUGUUAUACAACCUGAUCAACCUUUCUUUGAGACGAUUGCUCGUAUACGUCAGGCUGUAGGGGGACCAGAGGAGGAAAUAAUGCCUCCAACUCUUAUUGGCAAUUUGGUAGAAAGGUGCAUGAAGAAGAUGAGCAUUAGUGAAGUGGUCACUGUAUUUGGUGGAGUGACUGGCCCCCUUGUCACUAUUCACCCAACCCUCAGGGAAUUUAUCAAAGAGCGUCUUUUAAAUGGAGAGGAACCCACUAAUGAUAAUAUACCUCAGGCUAUUGAGUCAUUUGUGUCAGAGCUGCCAGCUGUGCUUAAUCAGUUGCAGCCUCCUCUUCCUUUACGCGAAGAAGUUGAUUUUGGUGCUUCAGCUCAGAAAUGUUGUGCAUUUCUGCUAAAGGAUGUAAUGGAAAUCAUAGUUAAUAAACCAGAUGAUGAUCCAGAAUUCCCACAGCAGAUAUAUGACUGGGCCAUGAACCUUGGGACUACAUUCACGCUCCUCCUCAGUGAAUGCUUAGAAUCAUCUAAUGAUCUGACACCAGCUAUGAAGAGAAUAUCAAAAAUGAUGUUCCCUGAUAAUGACACACCUGGUGUUCUGAGUAUGCUAAACUCUCAGUCACUAGUAGACAAGUUUGUAGAGGAAUCAGAGAAGAGCACUAUACCAAAGGAAACCAUUACAUGUCACAUUGUCUAUGUAGAGGGAUAUGUUGAAGAUGAAGACGAAGAUGACAUGGAGGUUGAUAAAAAGGAAGCCGAGGUAAUGCAAAACUGGCCAUCAGCCAUGCCAAAAGAAUGGAUUCCUACCAUUCAAAAGGAUCAGGCUCAAAUUGCUGGUCAGCAACCUCCAGGUGCUAGCAGUGACUCUUACCUCUCUUCUCUCCCAGCCAAAAAGAGAAAGCAGUUAGAAGGUGGAGAAGCUGAAGAAACUUCUGAACAAUAAUCCUAUUAGCAGUUUCCUCUUACUAGGCAUUGGCUGUACAACUUACAUUAUACUAAUCUCUAGGUUUAAUUGACUUCUCCCUAUUAUUAAAUACAGUACAAGGUCGGUUUGGUUAGCCCCGAUCUUCAUCCUUUAGUCGCAAACUAUUUGGCAUUAGAAUCAUAGGUGAAUUUUGUC